CACUGUAUCUGGACUCCUCGGGAAGCUUCUGUGAGUGAAAGAAGCCGCAGCCCAUGUUAGGAAAUGUUCUCCCUGGGGCGCUGCUGCAAUCAGCUGGACGGAGAGGAGUGUUGAUCGCACACAGGAUUUCUCCCCGGCACGGAUCUUAACAAUCAUCAUAUUAAAAAGCAUUCACCAACAUGGCUCAAGCUAAAAUACAGGCGAAAAUGAACGACGCUAUGGGCAGCAAGUUCAGCAGGACGCUGUCCAUGGCAGAUCGCUCCGGACAACUCCUGGAAAGUUUGGAUCAGCUGGAAAUGAGGGUGGAGGCUUUACGCGAAACAGCAUCGGCCAUGGAGCAGGAGAGGGAGCUGAUCCUGGAAACGAUCCAGUCCAUCCAGAACGGACAGGAGCUGAGAAACGUCUCUCAAGGGGAGAGAGAAGAGUUGUCUCUAACUGCCAACCGUCUGAUGGGCCGGGCGCUGUGUGUGGAGGUCUCUGUUGGCACCAUCAGGAACUCCCAGCAGGAGGAGGCCCUGCGCAACGCCAAUUCUUUAAUCGAUGAAAUAGUGAGGAAGUUGCUUGAUGACAUGAACAGCGGGCGUGAGCGACUGCUGGCCGUGUACGCAGCCUGUGUGACCGAGGCCCCCCCCGUCCCCAUCGACCAGAAGUUUCAGGCCCUAGUGAUCAGCUGUGCUCUGGAGGACCAGAAGAAGAUCAAGAGGAGGCUCGAGACUUUGGUGAGGAACGUUGAAAAUGCUGGAAAGAACAUCAAGAUUAUGGAUCACCAGAAACUGGAGGACCCACAAGCCAAUGGCUGUCAGUAACACCAGUCAACAAAUCAAAAUGCUUCUUUUAUGCCACUAACCUCACCAAGAACUGUUAUUAUCUUAUACUAAUGUUCUACAAGUAGCAGCAAGACCAGUACAUUGGGGAAAUUACAAUGAUACUGAACAUUAGGGCCAAAAAUACAGUAACUCAUACUGAGGGAGGUGUUACCUUCAAAUUAUUGCCAUUUACACUGAAUCUCUUAAUAUAGAUUAUUUAGUGUGUAUUUCCAGUUCACAAUGUGUGAUCACAUAAUGCACUUACGUAAGAAAGACACAAUGUUAUAGAGCCCCAUUAGAGGUAGUCACAGUUCUUAGUAAAACCAAAUGUAUGACAAUGAAUCUAAUGAAAGUAUUUCCUGUUUCAUUGUAUCACCUUGGUAACUGUUUUGGUUGUGUGUAAACUACCUCUGUGUGAAAGCAACACCAAUCACAUUUAGCUGUGGGUUUUUUUGUUCACAUUUGCACAAAGUAAUUUUGAUGUCAGAUUGUACAUGUAUGUCAAAAACAUAAUAAAAAAUACAUCUCUUAAAUGUUAAGGAAAGACGUCUUCUGUCACAAUAGAGGAAGCUGGGACAUCUUAGCGUAUGAACAAUGGCAAUGAUCAAAAUGCAAAAACAUAUUUUAUUGUUAAGUUUUGUUUAAAAGAGAAAUAUUAUCACUUGGAAUUAGACACUGGAUGCUCAAGAAAAAAGUAAAGUUUUAUUAAUGUCAUAUAACCAUCAACUCCCCACCACAAACAUAAUAUUGGGUGUGCAGUUGUGUGGCACACUUCAAAGCUGUUAUACUUUUUUUUUUUCACUGUUAAAAACAAAAAUCCAACAAUGAGUGUUGUCUUUGUCAGUCUGAAAGCAAACAUCUAAAUGUGUGAGAUUGAUUCAUGAAGUGUGAUAAGGUAUAUUAACACAAAGAUCAUUACAACACCUGAGUGACAGCACAUAAGUAUGGUUAGUUUUAACUUAUGGUUCUUUAAGAUUAUAUGCCAUCUUAAUGAUAAAGUGCGCUAUAUCCAUUCAGUCAAAAAGCAAAAAAGGCAAAGUACACACGAUGUUACAAAGCUCAGGAAACAAUUAUUUACAGAUUUACUGUGCAGGCAGUUUUAAACAAACAGCAAGAGUAGGGAUUAAAAUGGGAAGAAUGUAAACAAGGACGACUCAUUGUAACCGCGGUUCAACAGUCACUGAUGUGGAAAAAAAGGCUUGCAUGCAUUAUAGUUAAGACACACUCUUCCCCCCCCCCUCAAAACAGUGCAACCAAAUGAGAACUCCUAAAUUGUGACACAAUAAACUGUAACAUCUUAAAAGCACCUGUUGGGAUUUUCACAACCGUCUUAUCUAAAUGUCUUGAGAAUUACGUUUUUUUAAUCUUUUAAAUCUGGGAAAAGCUUAUAGCAAUAAUCAGAGAUCUGUAAAUCGAGCAUGUUUACUCCCAGUUGUCCAAUUGCAUGUAAAACAUUCAAAUAAUUCAUAUGCAAAUGUUCAAAUUGUCUGUUAGUGGCCUUUUCCACAUCACCACAUUCUUUUUGUGCUUAGGAAGCUGACGUCUUUCAGAUAAUGAGCUUUAGGAAAACCUGAUGCAGACAAGGCAGUAUCAUAGAGUUCUCAGCUAGCUGUUUUGAGGUCUGGGAAUUAGUUUAGAGAUCUUUUAAGUACCCUUGUGUAUUGAGAAAAAACGGAAUUUUCUUGCAUAUUCAAGCACACCCAAGCAAAAGAUCCCAUCCUGAAGAUCGGCUUUUCGUACCGACACUACUGAUAUCGACAUUUACAAAAUAAAUUGAUUACAUACUGCAGAAGCCAAACCAUUGAAUCAAAAACAAGAAAUUAAACCAUGCUUAGUGAUUGAAAUGUUAAAAAUAUAGUGUUUGAAAUAAUAAAAAUAGAGCUGUGUCGUCUAAAUAAUAGUUUUUAGUCUGCGACUUACCACGUGUAAUUCAAAGCUGUACCAAAGUUAAAGAAAAAGCCCAAUUAAAUAUGUAAACAACUGCAAUCAAAAACGCAUCGCUAUAACUGCGACUCGCGUUUUACAUCUGUGAAAGUGUUGAUUAACAAACCCUCAAACAAGCUGUAAGCAGACAUAGAUAAGACCAGUUAGUGUUUCAUAUUUGGUUAUACGUAAAAGCACAUUCUAUUAUUGUAUGAUACAUCCAUGUCACUGCAGUGUUCAUAUUUAUCUACAGCUCGGAAAGAGGGAAUUUGGCACUAUGUCAACACUUCAGUGAAAAUAUCACUCAACACUAGUGAUUCGUACAAAAAUACUUCUGC